GCAGGAGAGAGGUAGAGGUAGAGACAGAGGAAGAGACAGCUGUGGAGUGAGAUACACAGAACUGCAAGGAGAGAGCAAUAGAGAAAUAGAGAUAGAGUUUGACAGAGAGUUAGAGAGACGGAAAAGAGGCACACACAGCAUUCCCCCUCCACUCACCCCUCGUCUUACCCUCGACCCUUGUCUCCCUUCUUACGACCACCUGAGGCAGAGACACACAGCUCUACCAGCGCAGGGGGGAGAGGACUGGACACACACUAACACACACUCAUUUUCUCUCUGUUGAAAGAAGACAGGAAUACACACUUUCUUUUUGUUUUCUGUCUCCGCUUCUACUCUCGUUCUUGGACAGGAAAAAAGGAUUCCAGUUUGUUUCUUCAGCACAAAGAGUUUUCCUUUAUCCUCCAGAAGCCCUGAGUCACGUUGGGCCUCCUUUCUCCCUCCGAGAGCUCAGAGCAACAUGGCACAGGGACAAAAGAACCACAGCCACAGCAGGCAGCAGCGGAGGGGACCACUACUCACUAACCCCUUCUCCACCGUGGCACUAUCCCUCCUCCUCUUGCUCCUCACCUCCCCCGCCUCGGCCGCUGACGAAUACGACUACUACAGCUGGCAGUCGGACAACUUCCACAACGGCCGCUUCUACACCAAGGAGCCGCAGUGUGUGGACAUCCCCGCCGAUUUACGCCUCUGCCACAACGUGGGCUACAAGAAGAUGCGCCUGCCCAACCUGCUGGACCACGAGACCAUGCCCGAGGUCAAACAGCAGGCGGGAAGCUGGGUGCCGCUCCUCGCCAAGCGAUGCCAUGCGGAUACACAGGUGUUCCUGUGUUCCCUGUUUGCCCCUGUGUGUCUGGACAGGCCCAUCUACCCGUGUCGUUCGUUGUGUGAGGCCGUGAGGGACAGCUGUGCCCCCGUUAUGGAGACAUACGGGUUCCCCUGGCCGGAGAUGUUGACCUGCGAUAAGUUUCCUAUUGAUAAUGAUCUGUGUAUCCCCAUACAGUUUGCUGGGAACCAGGCCACCCCGGCGCCAGGUAAGACCACACAAACUUAUUCACAACCCUAUUCAGAGACCGUAUACUAACUGUGAAAGAGAGCCACUAUAUG